AUGUAUCUCGGAUUACUUAAAAAAUUCUUUAAUUCAAGAUUAUUAAUAUCAUUCUUAAUUCUAUGUAAUUUAUACUUGAAAGCCUCUGCUAAUCAAGGAGUUCCCUAUACUCCCGACAUGGAAAAUUUGGUUUUAUCUGGAGCCCCUCAAUGGAAUUUCGCCAGAGCAGAAGAUCAUGAUUCCUGCGCACCAGACCAUGCAAUAAUAAAUAACGGAGAACAACAUUCACCUGCAACAAGAUACUCAUGGCCCACUACUGAUGAAGGAGGAUGUGGUAAUAUAAAUUAUGACAACUUGGCUACUUAUUAUAGCAAAAAAUGGUGUGAUGAUGAUCAUUUUAGAGUUAUAUAUACGCUCUAUUUCCCUAAAGAUGGAUUUUCAGGAAGUUUUUUAGGGAAUGAUUGCGGGCAUGAUCAUGAUUUUGAAAGCAUAGCCGUAUCUUGGAAGAGAAUAACCGGAACUUGGUAUCGUGACGGAUUAAUCAUGAGUAGACAUAAAGGAUGGAAUCACCAAUCAUGGGAUAAUGUUUUAAGUUUCAAUUAUGAUGGUACUGAAGGAAUAGGAUUAGAAUUUCCAAAAAUAUUUGUGGGGUGGGCAAAACAUGCAAUGUUCAAUAAUAAAUUUACUUUGUUUACAGAAUUACCCUUGCAAUUCACUGAUGCUGAGUAUAGAUCUGAUGAUUAUUUAUUAUGGGCUAACCAAUCUCUAAUAGAAGUUACAGAAGAUAAUUG